CUCGCCCUCGGAGGGAGGCCGGUCCGAGCGGUCUCCGGGUGCGGAUCCCUGGAUCCUCUUGGGGGGCGCCGGGCGUAGCUGCGGAUUGCCUUGGAUGAUGGCCUGCGUCUGACAGUCCCCUCAGCUCUUCUCAGCUCUCCUGAGGCUACAGCUGUCAGCUCCCCUGAUCCUCAGCACUUGCCUAGAAAGGUCCAGCAGAUGGACCCAGCCUCUCCUGGGCUGGCGUACACGCCCCUGUGGAUCCCUGGAUUGAGCGGCCUUGCUGCGGGGACCCUGUGUGUGUGCGCAUGACCACGGAGCAGAAGAGCACAGCUAGUGGCACUCCUGGUGGUGACUGUACCCUGCCUGACAUGGCAGCCACCAUCCCGCCACCGCCACCAGACCCCCAGUUUGUCCUCCGAGGCACCCAGUCGGCCGUGCACGCGCUGCACUUCGGUGGAGGAGCCCAGGCUGAGGGGCGCCCACUCCUCUUUUCGGGGUCUCAGAGUGGCCUGGUGCACAUCUGGAGCCUGCAGACACGGAGAGCCAUUGCCAUCCUGGACGGCCAUGGGGGCCAGUGUGUGACUUGGCUGCAGACGCUGCCCCAGGGGCACCAGCUCCUCAGUCAGGGCCGGGACCUGAAGCUGUGCCUGUGGGACCUGGCAGAGGGCAGGAACACCGUCAUGGACUCCGUGCGCCUGGAGAGCGUGGGCUUCUGCAAGAGCGCCAUCCUGGCCGGGGGGCAGCCCCGCUGGACACUGGCUGUGCCGGGGAAGGACAGUGAUGAGGUUCAGAUUCUGGAGAUGCCAUCCAAGACGUCAGUGUGCACCCUGAAGCCAGAGGCGGAUGCCAAGCCAGGCAUGCCCAUGUGCCUGGAGCUGUGGCAGGCCAACUCCAGCCCCCGCCCACUCCUUCUGGUCGGCUAUGAGGACGGAUCGGUGGCCCUGUGGGACGUAUCUGAGCGGAAGGUGUGCAGCCGCAUCGCCUGCCACGAGGAGCCCGUCAUGGGCCUUGACUUCGACUCCCAGAAGGCCCGGGGCGUCUCGGGCUCCGCAGGGAAGGCUCUGGCUGUCUGGAGCCUGGACGGGCAGCAGGCACUGCAGGUGUGCCGAACUCACGAACUCACCAAUCCUGGGAUCUCUGAUGUCACGAUCCGGCCAGACCGCAAGAUCUUGGCCACUGCAGGCUGGGACCAUCGUGUCCGUGUGUUUCACUGGCGGACAAUGAAGCCACUGGCCGUGCUGGCCUUCCACAAUGCCACCGUACACUGUGUGGCCUUUGCUGCUGACGGCUUGCUGGCCACGGGGUCUGGAGAUCAGCGCAUCAGCGUCUGGUCGCUCUACCCACACACGUGACCCGCUUAUGUGCACCAGACCCCAUCCUUGACCUGGUCGUAUGGAAACUGCCCCUCGCAGCCCCUGAGAACCAGCAGAUCCUUGUCCAAGGACCAUGGAGUCCUCGCUUUCUUCACGAGGUGGCUUUUUGUUUUGCGAAAUGUAUCAUUUGUACAACAGUGACGCUGGCCACCAGCCAGGUGCCUGGGCAUGUGUGGCCUGGGUGAGAGACAUUGGCUUGGGUCUGGCAGUAUUGUCCACCUGAGGGUAUUUCACAAUAAAUUUUCCAUGCAAA